AUGGCUUUCAAGUUCGUCUUCGCCCUCGCUUUCGUCGCCGUGGCCAGCGCCGGUUAUGCGCCCAUCGCCGCCCCACAGGUGUACCAUGCUGCGCCAGCAGUGGCCACCUACGCGCACGCCCCCGUGACCGUCGCACAGAAGGUCGUGGUCAAGGCCGCCGAGGAGUACGACCCCCACCCCCAGUACCGCUUCUCCUACGGAGUCGAUGACAAGCUGACCGGCGACAACAAGGGGCAGGUGGAGGAGCGCGAUGGAGACGUGGUCCGCGGAGAGUACUCCCUGAUCGACGCCGACGGCUACAAGAGGACCGUCCAGUACACCGCCGACCCCAUCAACGGAUUCAACGCAGUCGUGAACCGUGAGCCCCUGGUCAAGGCCGUCGCUGUUGCCCCAGUUGUGAAGACCGUCGCCGCUCCCGUUGCCCACUACGCCGCCCCUGCUGUCGCCCACUACGCUGCUCCCGCCGUGGUCAAGACCGUGGCUCCAGUUGCCCACUACGCUGCUCCCGCCGUGGUCAAGACCGUGGCUCCAGUUGCCCACUACGCUGCUCCUGCUGUCGUCAAGACUGUUGCUCCAGUAGCUUAUGCCACAUAUGCUGCUCCCGCCCACUACGCAGCUCCCGCCCACUAUGCCGCCCCAGCUACCACCUAUACCUCGUACUCGGGUCCCGCUGUCGCCUACCACCACUAGAUCCUGGCUGCAAUCGACGCUGUACAUAUAUAGAAUUGUUGGCUUUAUUAUUACUGUUCAUUUAUUUAUUGACAGAGCACCAAUAAAAAAAUGCAUUCCAGUAUGUAGACAUAUAUCACGAGA